AUGCUGAGCUCGCCCUGCCGCCCGAGGCGGCAUGAAGACUACACCGUCGCCGUCAUUUGCGCCAUCGGCUUCGAGAUGAGCGCUGUCCGAUGCAUGCUCGUGAUCGAGCAUCCCCGCCUCCCCCACAGGCAGGGCGACUCGAACGUGUACAUCCUCGGCGAGCUCAGUGGUCGCAACGUCGCUACGAACAUGGACCGGUCUUUCCCUUCCAUCAAGUGGCGAUUUCUCGUCGGCUUCGGAGGAGGCGUGCCCAGCGACAAGCACGACAUCGGCUUGGGUGAUGUUGUGUGCUAA